AUGAACGACCCUGUCGUACCAUAUAUUGACACACAACAAGAUGGGCAACCGCAGCGUAAAAGAAAGAAGCUGAAUAUGGAGAAGUGUGAGCGCUGUCGCAAAGACAAGAAGAAAUGCGAGCCGCAACCUCGAAAUGAACAAACCAAAUGCCAUCGUUGCCAGCUUUUGGGACAUGAAUGCUCGCCAAACACGCGGAUAAAGAAGGUUCUCUCAGCCGACGCUGCUCGGCAGGCUGUUCCUUUAUUACAAGAUGGCCCCUUUGACUACAUCCCUAGCAUUAGCUUCAGCUUCAGCUUUCCUCGCGGUUGGAAACCCGGCGUGCCGCAAAAGUGGACUUUAAGUCAAUUACAUGAUGCUGUUGCUGUCGUACAACUACUCGAACGAAGACGUGCGGUCUAUCAAGAAGUAAAGGGACAAUUCGCGCAGUUAUUUGGCGAUGGCAACGGGGACAUAAGUAUUCUCUCGGAAGCGAUGGAAGAGAAUGCUACAGACGACGAGGACGACGAAGACGAAGACGACGCUGAGGACGACAAUGAGGAAAGUUUUGACAAAGUCGACGCAAAAAUGUUAAAUCUGAAAGUUCUACUAUUGCUCUUGAUCGACGAUGGCUUGAAACAGGCCGGAAGUGCUGCAGUUUCUGAUUUGAAGUACGCCCAGAGACAACUGCACUCCCCAAGCAGACCAAUUUUUGAUACCUUCACUGCCUGCACAGAAAUGGUGGAAGGUCUCUGCACGGUUGAAGAUUUUGCUGGUGCAUACACAGCUCUUCAAAGCAUUGCAGGCAAAAUACCUAUGGAGACAUACACUAGGAAGCACCAUAGUAUCUUCGCAAGCUUGUACCUCAGAAUUGCGCAAUUGCCACAUAACUUGGGCGUGGACAUUCCCAAAUGUGUCCUGAAGAGUCCUAUGUUGUUUCGACAGGGCGUUUGGCUUGACGUUGCAAAAAGAGGGCUUCUAAGUAUGCCGCGAGAUCUUCUUCCGGAAUAUCCUGCCACAGACUGCACUGGCUCGACGGUGCUACACAAUCUGGCUGGAGCAAGAGCGGGUAUGACACAUGGAAUGUUUCUAUCUACGAAUGUUCCAAAGGGCAUCCCCCCGAACCAGCAAGAUUUCUUUGGUCGUACAGCACUCCUGAUAGCCAUUGAAAAUAGGAAUCAUCAUAUGGUAAAGUAUCUACUAGACAAUGGCGCAGAUGUUACGCUGACGAACAAUUUUCAUCAUACUCCGCUGCAUUAUGCCGCAGCAGUCGGGUGCAAACGAACGUGUGAUAUGCUAGUCGAGGCUGGGGCUCACGCGGAUGCACAAGAUAUUGCUGAUAGACAACCCAUCUUUUAUGCAUCUGCCCGCGGAUACGGGUCAGUCGUUGACUUUUUACUCACCCAAGUGCCUGACGACGCGCGCAUGAGUAUUUUCUGUUACGGAGGGGACUGCCCUGUUGAAAAAGCGCUAUGGAACCGUCACGAGUCUAUUGCUUUAGCAAUCUCGACGCGGCUGCUCGGCUUGAAAAAGCCAAGGUUAGAACGGGCAUCUGAGCUAUGGAGGCUUGCCACAUUCUUUAGGAGUUGGAGCCUUAUUCGGCUCGUUUUUGACCAUAUUGGGGACAAUGUGAACACGGAGAACGGCGAUGGAGAAACCGCUCUAUUAGCCGCCGUGGAAGAGCAAAACAUUGAGAUGGUGCGUCUCAUUUUGAGCCAUCCGAAAGUGAACGCCGGCCUGGUUCCCAAAGUUCUCAGAACACCUGGUAUAACAGCUCUUCACAUGGCCGUUAUACAGGGCAACUUGGAAAUAGUGUCUGCAAUCGCUGCACGUGCUGACUGCUCUCUCUUUGCAAAGGUGGAAGAUGUACCUAGCACACGGCAGUUGUCACCAGAACAUGUCGGAAAGACUGCUUACGAGCUUGCGGCUCAUUACAAACACCAGGAAAUUGCGAGUCUAUUGCUGUCAGAAUGCUGGUCGAGGGGGUACGUGUGGAUUACUCAGCAGCAUGAUCCGCACCAUGUAGAUAUUGUAACGGAUUGGGUUUAUGAUGUAGGCUUAUAG